AUGCUGGAUGAAAGAGGCGGUAGAAGCCUCAAGAGAGAGAUCAGGAUACAAGAGGGCAAUAGUGGAGUUGCUCACCCUGCUGAAGGGUCCAUAGUCAACAACAGCAAAGCGCCCAAGGACCUCUAUGGAGGAGAGGACAUGGGGGCAUACGCCUCUGCAGGGAGAUGUCCUCAGUGGUUAGAGGAUGGAACAGCUUGUCCGGGGAUCCCCCCGGGUCUUCCUCAUUUUCACUGCACGGACCAGGGUCCAGAGGAUUGUACUGGGAACAGCCUGUUCCACAUAAAUCCUGCAGUAUUUGGGGCUGGAGGAGAUCCCUUCAGGCAGAUGGACAAGGUACUGAGUGCCAAGAUGUUUCUGGAAGUGUUCUCAGUGGAUGAGUUCUUGGUCUUGGAUCCAAAACACUUCAGCUCUCCAAGGAUGGUCAUAGGAUCAACAGUCAGGGACUCUUACCCAUUUGAUCCUCAGUUUGUCCUGGUUGUGCAUCCAAUAAUCAGAGGUGGGUACAUGGCAAGAGUGCAUGUGGAGGCGGGUGUGGCAGGCAGUGAGCAUGGUGAUCAAAUUGCCCCAGUGUCCGACGCCUUCGAUUCGCAAAAUACUUGCUGUAACAAACGUUUUUGGUGUAUCCGAGAUGUCUGUGGCAUUAUUUGCGUUCUCAUGACUUGGGGACUACUGUUGUAUGCGGGGUUCGUGGUUGUCGUGGUUAUUCUGCCUUGGAAGGGAAGUGGUUUCCCACCGUUGUACAAUUUCAUCAAUUUGGUUGUGUUUAAUUGCCUCGCUUUUCUUGCCGCCGCGUCCCACGCAAGAGCAAUGCUCACAGAUCCAGGAGCAGUUCCGAAAGGUAGCGCCACCCGUGAAAUGAUGCAGAAAAUGGGUUUUGAGGAAGGCGAUGUCGUUUUCAAGUGUCCCAAGUGUUGCUCUAUCAAGCCGGAACAAGCUCAUCAUUGUUCAUCAUAUGUCAGAGAUGCAUUAAAAAGAUGGAUCAUCAUUGCCCGUGGGUGAAUAACUGUGUCAGUGAAAAGAAUCAGAAAUAUUUCGUUCUGUUCACGUUUUACAUUGCUGUGAUAUCUGUUCACGCCCUGUUCCUUCGUGUGAAUCAUUUUAUCUAAUGCGUGAACGAAGAGUGGCGGGGGGCGGUUUUCAGUGAAUACUCCUCUCCAGCAUUGGUGAUCUUCAUGCUCUUUUUGCUUAUUGAAGGCCUAUCAUUUGCAAUUUUCACUGCGAUUAUGUUUGGUUCGCAAAUCAGCGCAAUAUGGAAUGAUGAAACGGGAAUCAAAGCAUUAAAAAAAGAGUAUGGAGUUGGACUCGUCAGGCAAAGUGGAAGAGUGUUCAGGCUGUAUUCAGUGAGAAGUUCGGGCUUUCUUGGUUCUCCCCCUUCUCAUCUGUUGAAUAAGUUUUCAGAAAAUCGCGGUACUACUCAGUUUGAUGGACGAUUGUUCAGGAUUGGUAGCUGUGCUUUUAGUUUUUUUCAAUCGCGCUUUGUAACCGAACUAACGCUAAAGCAUUUAGGUGUGCCACUCCAAUUCGUCAAANCUGAAAAAUGUAUUCAAUUCCAUUGAAAGGAGAUUUUUCCAUAUCAGAGGUUUCCCAUUACAGUUAUGUGAAAAUGUGGGGAGAAUUUGUUGUGCGGAUGAGUUUAUGAAUAAAUUUAUUGUAAAAUAUUCCAUGUUCCUUCUCUGUAAUG